AUGGAAAACUUCACCGAGGUGAUUCUGAAGGAGUGGGGUAUGGAGGAAUUAAUAUCAGUCUUCAACGAGCAUUUGCUCACUAUUUAUGCAAGCUACUCUGGAGGUGCUUGUGCAUUUGCUUCGACAGGUUUGCAGCAACACUGCACGGAUAUGUUUAUGCGAAUUCGACAACAGAAAGUUUACAAAAAUCGCAUAGAUCGAGAUGAGAUCUCACCAGCGACUUAUCGCAAGUUAUUUCGUUUCGAGAAAGAAAACGUGGAAUGGCUUGCAGCGACAUUUCUGCCCGAUACAGUCGAGAGCAGAGGCGGGUGUAUGACUCCAUUGGCACGCAUGGAGACUACGUUACACUACUUGGCGGAUCCUGGUUACCACACAAGUGUGGCAGAGCUGAUGGGCGUUGCGCAGCCUACCGUUUCCAACUGCGUUUCCAGCACUAUAAACAGUAUUGCUGAGCAACAUCCACGAUGGAUUAUUUUCCCAUUUUCUGAUGCUGAUGCCACCCUGGCAAAGGAGCGAUGGGCGGAUAAGCUCGGCUUUCCAUUUACGCUGGGAGCGAUCGACUGCACUCAUGUAAGAAUUGACAAGCCUGGUGGUCCGUUUGGCGACGAAUUCAUCAAUCGAAAGAACUUUGCCUCCUUUAAUGUUCAGGCGACAUGUGACGAAAAGUGGUCCUUUACAAGUGCCGAUGUAGGAUGGCCUGGAUCAGUGCACGACUCGCGUAUAUUCCAAACAUCGGAACUACACGCUCUGGUUUCAAGGAACGUUCAUGGCGUUCUUCUUGGUGAUUCUGGUUAUGGAAUUGCACCCUACAUGAUGACAUCGUUCACUGACCCAAAUACUCCAGCUGAACGAUACUUCAACCGCGAACAUGCGAAAAAUAGAGUGGUAAUAGAACAAGCUUUUGGACAGUUAAAAAGACGGUUCCCUAUCCUCCGUAAUGGCGUCCGACUAAAACUAGACAACGUACCCAAUUGUAUAAUUUCUUGUUUUGUUUUGCACAAUAUUGCAAAAGUGUUGAACGAUGCUGAUGAUUUUGACGAUGAAGAGCAGGAACAUGAGGUUGACGACCAGGGUCAAGAAGCACCUGCACCCUUGGCGGCUCGGCAACUGCGACUGCAAGGGAACCAAAAACGCCAAGAGAUCACAAACUUCCUGUAUGACAGACAUCACCAGCGUGUAUAA